AUGCGCCUCUUCCUCAUUCCGAUCUCGACGAAACGAGCUCUCAUAUAUGCUCGACCUCUUCGCAAGGAUCUAGCGAAAGAGCUUUCAUAUCUCGACAGGCUUACGACCAAGGCAGCUGAAACAUGGGCGAAAUGGGAGGAAGCCGACAAAGGGUGGAAGAUGCACCUUGUUAAAUGGGGCAAUUCUGUCCAGCAACGGAUACCAUACGAAGAAUGGGCCCUCAAAAGCAUUCCCUCAUUCAAAACCCAACAAAAGAUUAAUGCAGAUCAUGGAAAGACCAAGAUCGAUGUGCUGUUCCCUGGCAAUGCGGUACGAUUGGAGCGAAUUCAAAGCGUGUUGCGCACUAUCGCGACAGAAAGGCAGGAGUUUCAUCGGAAGAGAUUGACCUGGUGCCUGUUUGGCGCGCCGAUUACAGCGCCUUUUGGCUUAAUUCCAGUGGUUCCCAAUAUUCCGUUCUUCUAUUUGGCAUACCGGGGCUGGUCCCACUGGCGCGCGUUGAAUGGCUCAAAACACCUGGAACACCUUGUUGAAAAUGACCUCCUCAAUCCUAUCUCAUUACCGGAGCUCGAACAGCUAUAUGCCAAACGAGCAUCUUACACGCUCGAAAAUACCUCCGUCGGCACCUCGUAUUCCGAGAUCGCCGAGAACAUAGAGCAAAGCAGCGAGGACCAGCUGUUGUUAAAGAUGUCAGAUGCCAAGAAGUUGGCUGCUAUGCUGGAAGCACCGGAGCUUGUGUUGGAAGCUGAGCGGGCAAUAAUUCAGGUCUCCGAGCAAAUCGCAGCUGCAGCAAAAUCCAAGGCAGAAAAACAAGACGAGAAGGAAGAUUGA